AUGGGCUCUUUUCAACGCCAGCUGCGAGCCAUGCUUCGCAAGAAUUGGCUGCUCAAACUUCGACAUCCUUUUGUUACUGGCGCUGAGAUUUUGCUUCCCACGGUUGUAAUGCUAUUGCUAAUAGCCGUAAGGACGCAAGUGGACACGGAAAUACAUUCUGCUCAACCAUAUAUACGUAAAGACAUGCUUGUAGAGGUGGGGAAAGGCAUAUCACCAAAUUUCCAGCAAGUUUUGGAGUUAUUGUUGGCCAAGAAGGAGUUUUUGGCUUUUGCACCGGAUACUGAAUCAACAAGGCUGAUGAUUAACUUAUUAUCAAUCAAGUUUCCCACAUUGAAGCAAGUUUCCAGAAUCUACCAGGACGAACUUGAGUUGGAAACUUAUAUACGCUCGGAACACUACGGCACCUGCAGUCAAUUGAUAGAUUGCACGAACCCUAAAAUCAAAGGAGCGAUAGUGUUUCAUCAUCAAGGCCCCCUGGUGUUUGAUUAUAGCAUACGCCUCAAUCACACAUGGGCAUUCUCUGGUUUUCCUGACAUCAAAACCAUCAUGGACGUGAAUGGCCCUUUCCUCAAUGACUUGGAAUUGGGAGUUAAUAUUGUGCCAAUACUGCAAUACAGCUUCAGUGGUUUCCUCACUCUUCAGCAGGUGGUGGACUCCUUCAUUAUAUUUGCCGCUCAGCAACCUGAAUCUAAGAUGCCUAAUGGAAACCUGGAACUUCUUUCUCCAUCACUGAAUGAACCAUGGUCACAGUUCAGCCCUGCCAAAAUUCGAAUGGCUCCAUUUCCAACUCGUGAAUACACUGAUGAUGAGUUUCAAUCAAUUGUGAAAACUGUUAUGGGUAUUCUAUAUCUAUUGGGAUUCCUGUACCCAAUCUCGCGCCUCAUUAGCUAUUCUGUUUUUGAAAAGGAGCAGAAGAUUAGAGAAGGCCUCUACAUCAUGGGAUUAAAAGACGAAGCAUUUCAUCUCUCUUGGUUUAUUACCUAUGCUUUGCAGUUUGCAAUUUCAUCGGGGAUUAUUACAGUUUGCACUAUGAAUAGUCUAUUUAUCUACAGCGACAAAUCGCUUGUGUUUGUGUACUUCUUUUCAUUCGGUCUCAGUGCUGUUAUGCUGUCAUUUCUGAUUUCUACGUUCUUCAUGAGAGCAAAAACUGCUGUAGCUGUUGGAACCCUGGCUUUUCUUGGAGCUUUUCUACCAUAUUAUACAGUCAAUGAUCCAUCUGUUUCUAUGGGAUUGAAGGUCAUUGCUUCUCUGCUUUCACCCACAGCCUUUGCUCUGGGAUCUGUUAACUUUGCUGAUUAUGAACGGGGUCAUGUUGGACUUCGCUGGAGUAACAUGUGGCGGUCGUCAUCUGGAGUGAACUUUUUGGUCUGUCUGCUGAUGGUCUUGCUCGACACACUAUUAUACUGCGGAAUUGGUCUGUACCUUGAUAAGGUGCUUCCAAGGGAAAAUGGAAGGCGAUAUAAAUGGAACUUUUUGUUCCAGAAGUGUUACUGGGGGAAGAAACCUACUGUUAAAGAUCACAAAAACAACACAGCAGCCAUGAACAAUGAGAAUCUCCUGCAUGGAAAUGCUAACCUUGUAGAAGAUAGUUUGGAACCCGCUGUGGAAGCAAUUACCUUGGACAUGAAGCAACAAGAACUUGAUAACAGAUGCAUCCAAGUUAGGAACUUGCACAAGGUCUAUAGCACAAGGAAGGGGAAUUGUUGUGCAGUUAAUUCUCUACAGCUCUCCUUGUAUGAGAAUCAGAUUCUUGCUCUUUUAGGUCAUAAUGGAGCUGGGAAAAGCACCACAAUCUCGAUGCUUGUUGGUCUUCUUCCUCCUACUUCUGGGGAUGCUUUGGUAUUUGGAAAAAAUAUCACAACAGACAUGGAUGAGAUACGGAAGAGCUUGGGUGUCUGCCCUCAACAUGAUAUCCUGUUUCCUGAGUUAACAGUGAGAGAGCACUUGGAGCUUUUUGCCACACUGAAGGGUGUUGACGAGAAUUUUUUGGAUAGUACUGUUACAGAUAUGAUUGAUGAAGUCGGUUUGGGUGACAAAGUGAACGCUGUUGUCAGUGCUCUUUCUGGAGGCAUGAAGAGAAAACUGUCGCUGGGAAUCGCAUUAAUUGGGAAUAGCAAGGUUAUAAUUCUUGAUGAACCUACUAGUGGCAUGGAUCCCUAUUCGAUGCGAUUAACAUGGCAGUUAAUUAAAAAGGUAAAGAAGGGAAGGAUAAUAUUGCUAACAACUCAUUCAAUGGAUGAAGCUGAUGAGUUAGGGGAUCGUAUUGCUAUAAUGGCUAAUGGUUCUUUGAAAUGCUGUGGCAGUUCACUUUUCUUGAAGCAUCAAUAUGGGGUUGGUUACACUCUUACUCUAAUGAAGUCCACUCCUACUGCUUCUGAAGCUGCUGAUAUUGUCUACCGCCACAUUCCUUCUGCGAUGUGUGUGAGUGAGGUUGGGUCAGAGAUCUGCUUCAGGCUUCCUUUAUCAUCCUCGUUAUCUUUUGAAAGCAUGUUUAGGGAGAUAGAAAGUUGCAUGGGAGGGUCAGGUUCUACCUCAGAAGCCAUUGCAGUAGACAAACUCUUUCAUGGUAUUCAAGGUUAUGGCAUCUCAGUCACAACUCUGGAGGAAGUGUUCCUGCGGGUUGCAGGAUGUUAUUAUGAUGAAAGUGGAAAUGAUAGUUUGAACCAGAUAAAGGACAGUGAACCUGAUCAUGUGGUUCCUUCUUCCUCUAACCAUACCCCGGAAAGAUUUUGUUACUCAAAAUAUUUGGGAGAUUAUAAGAAGGUCUAUUGGAUAGUAUCAGGGAUGGUGGGGAGAGCCUGUUCUUUCACGGUCGCUGUGUUACUAAGCUUCAUUAAAUUUGUCGCAAUGCAGUGCUGUUGCUGUAGUAUAAUAACAAGGUCCGUAUUCUGGCAGCAUACCAAGGCAUUGUUUAUAAAGAGGGCACUUUCAGCACGGAGAGACCGGAAAACAAUGGUUUUCCAACUUCUAAUUCCUGCCAUGUUUUUGACCCUUGGUCUUCUUUUCCUCAAGCUUAAGCCACACCCGGAUCAGCAGUCUAUUAACUUGACAACAGCAUACUUUAAUCCUCUCAUAACAGGUGAUGGUGGUGGUGGGCCCAUUCCUUAUAACUUUCACUGGCCUAUUGCAAAUGAGGUUGCAAAGCAUAUAGAAGGGGGCUGGAUUCAAAGAUAUGAGAAGAGUGAUUUUAAAUUUCCAGAUCCAAAAAGGGCAUUAACUGAUGCUAUUGAUGCAGCUGGGCCUACUCUUGGACCAGUGUUACUUUCAAUGAGUGAAUUCUUGAUGUCUAGCUUUAAUCAAUCCUAUGAAUCGAGGUAUGGGGCUAUUGUGAUGGAUGCUCAGAAGAAAGAUGGAAGUGUGGGAUAUACAGUACUGCACAAUAGCUCGUGUCAGCACUCUGCUCCCACUUUCAUUAAUGUAAUGAAUGCUGCACUUCUUAGGCUCGCCACAGGCAACAACAACAUGACAAUUAGAACCCGCAACCACCCGUUUCCUUUGACCCAAAGCCAGCACUUGCAGCGUCAGGACCUUGAUGCCUUCUCCGCAGCAAUAAUAGUUAGCAUUGCAUUUGCCUUCAUUCCUGCUUCAUUUGCUGUGGCCAUUGUUAAGGAGCGUGAAGUGAAGGCUAAGCACCAGCAGUUAAUUAGUGGGGUUUCAGUACUUUCGUACUGGGCUUCUACCUACAUAUGGGACUUCGUCAGCUUCCUCUUUCCUUUGUCUCUUGCUAUGGUUCUGUUCUACAUUUUUGGGCUGGAUCAGUUCAUCAGCGGAGAAAGCUUCUUGCCAACAUUGCUCUUGUUUCUAGGUUAUGGAUUAGCAAUUGCGUCAUCAACAUACUGCCUGACAUUCUUCUUUUAUGAUCAUACGAUGGCUCAGAAUGUGGUUCUGUUGGUCCACUUUUUCACUGGACUGAUUCUUAUGGUUAUCUCAUUCAUUAUGGGGGUGAUAGAGACCACAUCCCAAGCAAAUAAUGUUCUCAAGAUCUUCUUUAGAGUGGCACCCGGUUUUUGCUUUUCUGAUGGCCUCGCUUCACUGGCUCUUCUAAGACAAGGGAUGAAGGAUACAUCAAGUAAUGCAGUGUUUGAUUGGAACGUUACUGGUGCUGCUAUCUGUUAUCUUUAUGUCGAGAGCUUUGCAUACUUUUUACUUGCUCUUGGACUGGAGUUCUUACCUAUCCACAAAUUUCGCCUUGUUACAAUGGAGCACUUUUGGAGGAGAAUUAGACAGUCCCAAUAUGAUGAGUCUUCCACCUAUCUAGAACCCCUUCUAAAGUCUCCAUCAUAUUCAGCAACUGGCGCCUUGGAGCUUGAGGAGGAUAUAGAUGUUAAAACUGAAAGGGAGAGGGUACUUUCAGGCUCCAUUGACAACGCCAUAAUCAAUUUGUGUAAUCUUCGAAAGGUGUAUCCUGGGGGAAAAGAUGGCACAAAAGUUGCAGUACAUUCCUUGGCUUUCUCAGUAAAUGCGGGAGAAUGCUUUGGAUUUUUGGGCACUAAUGGAGCUGGGAAGACUACAACAUUGUCGAUGUUAUCUGGAGAGGAAUCUCCAACAGAUGGAACUGCUUUUGUCUUUGGGAAAGACAUACGUUCAAAUCCUAAGGCUGUCCGGAGUCAUAUUGGGUACUGUCCCCAGUUUGAUGCUUUGUUGGAGCUCUUGACUGUGAGAGAGCACCUUGAGCUCUAUGCAAGAAUAAAAGGAGUUACGGGUUACAAAAUGGAUGAUGUUGUGAUGGAAAAAUUGGUGGAAUUUGAUCUGUUGAAGCAUGCUGACAAACCUUCCUUCACCCUAAGUGGAGGCAACAAGCGUAAACUAUCCGUCGCUAUUGCUAUGAUUGGAGACCCGCCAAUAGUAUUCCUUGAUGAGCCAUCUACAGGUAUGGACCCUAUUGCCAAAAGAUUCAUGUGGGAGGUGAUAUCCCGUUUGUCAACCAGACGCGGGAAAACUGCUGUCAUUCUCACUACACAUAGCAUGAAUGAAGCUCAAGCACUAUGCACCCGUAUCGGAAUUAUGGUAGGAGGGCAUCUUAGAUGCAUCGGAACUCCUCAGCAUCUUAAAACACGAUUUGGAAAUCACCUUGAGUUAGAGGUUAAACCUACUGAGGUUACCUCUUGGGACUUGCAACAACUUUGCCAAGCUAUCCAAGAAAAGCUUUUUGAUAUCCCUUCACAGAAAAGAAGCUUGCUUGGUGACCUUGAAGUUUGCAUUGGUUCUAGCAGCUCGAGUACAUCGGAUGCCGCAUCAGUGGCAGAGAUCAGCUUGUCGCAGGAAACGAUGAUACUGAUUGGAUGUUGGCUUGGGAACGAAGAAAGAGUAAAGAAACUUGUAUCUUCUUCACCUUCUGAUCCCAAUGGCAUGUUAGAUGAACAAUUAGCAGAACAGUUGGUUCGAGAUGGUGGCAUGCCACUACCUGUGUUCUCCGAGUGGUGGCUAGCAAAAGAGAAGUUCUCGGCUAUCGAUUCAUUUGUGCUAUCUUCUUUCCCGGGUGCUACAUUGCAACGGUGCAAUGGCAUGAGUGCUAAAUAUCAGUUGCCAUACCGGGACGAUUUGUCGCUCGCUGAUGUUUUCGGUCACCUAGAAAAGAACAGAAAGCAAUUGGGGAUCUUGGAGUACAGCAUCAGCCAGUCGACAUUGGAGUCCAUCUUCAAUCACUUCGCUGCUGCUGCAAGUUCUUGA